CUGGGGCUACAACAGGCAUCGGCUGAGCAUCCUGCAAGAGAGACCAGAGCCAUCGGCCGUCGCCAUGAAGACCCUCACCCUGGUGACCUUGCUGGCACUGGCAACCCUGUGCCUUUGCCGUGGCGGUUCAGAUCAUUCCAACAGUGCGAACGACUCGCCCAGCUCUGAAGCGUUCGUCUCCAAGCAGGACAGCGCCGAGGUGGUGAAGAGACACAAACGGAACUACGUCUACAGCAGGUUCUACGACAUCAUCCACGACCCUCUGGAGGGCAAGCGGGAGGUCUGUGAGCUCAACCCCGACUGCGACGAGCUGGCCGACCACAUCGGCUUCCAAGAGGCUUACAGGCGAUUCUAUGGGCCCGUCUAGAGCUUUCUGGCCCCAAGACCCACCCGAGCCCCUCUCAGUGCACAGGGGAGAGAGAAAGGGCAACUGACGCCACAGCAGGCCGGGGAACGGAGCCACCUGCUGCCCCAGGCUGAUUUUUGUAACUGCGUGUUUAACGCACAAGCUUCAUGGUCCCAACCUUCCCAGCCAGCCCCGCUCCUCGUCCUGAGCCUGGAGCACUUGCGCUUGUAUCUAUAAUGCCUCCCUGGCUGCUUCCUUUGCGGGCCCGGCCUGCGUGCUGGUUGUAUGCUAUGGACUGUUUUUUUAGUGACCCGUGAGAAAAUAAACUUGAGGAAGGUG